AGCGCUUCCCCUGCAUGUCUGGACGGCGCGCUCCGGCUGUGGGCAUCCUCAGACAGGUGGAGGAGGAGACGUCCUCGAGCAGCUGAACCGCGCCGUGGUUUGACCGGGGGACUGGGCUGGGCUGUGGGGCGCGGAGCGGUGGACGCGGCGCGGAUCCUCCUGCAGCCGCCGGACUCCAAAGGAUGACAACAGACCCCCGGCAUGCUUCGGGUGGUCUCGGCAUCCUGAGCCCCAUGCUGCACACUUCAAUGUGGACGCGGCGGGGACGAGGGAUGUAGCGGAUGAAUGAUGAGACCGCAUGGGCUCGCGCUUCACGCCUAGAAACCACGACCUUGUUUUCAGCGAUCCCCCACCGCGCUGAUGGAGAACCAAGCGGGCGAGCCGCAGAACUAUGAAGACGUGCAGAAAAGCGGCUACCUCCGCAAGCAUAAAUCAAUGCACCGGCGCUUCUUCGUGCUGAGGUCGGCCUCGGAGCAUGGUCCCGCUCGGCUGGAAUAUUACGAGAACGAGAAGAAAUUCCGCAGCAAAUCGCCGGUGCCCAAAAAAGUGCUGAACCUGGAUACUUGCUUCAACAUCAACAAGCGCGCAGAUUCCAAGAACAAGCACAUGAUAGUCCUCUAUACCCGCAGCGAGAGCUUUGCCAUCGCCGCGGACAGCGAGGAGGUCCAGAAUGAGUGGUACCAGGCGAUGCUGGACCUCCAGUGCAACUGUAAAACCCCUGAAGACUACGGCAGCAGUGGAGAGUGCAGCUCUCCGUCUCCUGUUCCAACUUUUAAGGAAGUUUGGCAAGUUAAGGUCUGGCCUAAAGGUCUAGGACAUGCCAGGAACCUAGUGGGCAUCUACCGACUGUGCCUAACCGAUAAGACAGUCAACUUUGUCAAACUCAACUCGGAUGUGGCCGCUGUCGUUUUACAGUUGAUGAAUGUCCGCCGGUGUGGCCAUUCGGAGAACUUCUUCUUCAUUGAAGUUGGACGCUCGGCCAUCACUGGUCCUGGAGAGUUUUGGAUGCAAGUGGAUGAUUCUGUGGUGGCUCAAAACAUGCACGAGACUCUACUGGAGGCCAUGAAGGCCUUGAGCGAGGAGUUUCGUCAGCGUAGUAAGUCUCAAUCUGUGGGGACGUCUUGCGGAGGUGGGACUGCUUCAAAUCCAAUCAGCGUCCCGAGUCGGCGUCACCAUCCGAACCUGCCCCCGAGCCAGGUGGGCUUCUCUAGGCGAGCGCGCACAGAGACUCCUGGAACUGGAGGCAGCAGCACGAGCACAUCACCCACACUACGCCACGGCUUCCCAAGAGCACGGACAGCCAGUAUCGGAGCCAGGUCAGAGGAAGGCGGCGCUAGUGCCAGAGGCACAUGGGCCAGCUCCAGUCCGAGUCUGAAUGGAUCCUGCUCAACGACGCCAACACUGAGGCCCAAGCCCACAAGAGCCCCAACUCCUGCUAAGAUCACCCUCAGCCUCGCGCGGUACACACCCAACCCUGCUCCGUCUCCGGCCCCGAGCCUGUCCUCCAGCUCCGGUCAUGGAUCAGAGUGUGGCCUCGUGGGGGCCGCUGUGGGGGGCAUGACGAUCUGCUCCUACCCUCGUGUCUCUCAAAGAGUUUCAGUUUCAGGCUCUCCAAGUGACUAUGGGUCCUCGGACGAGUACGGUUCCAGUCCUGGGGAACACUCUCUUCUUAUACCGAGUCUUUCUGGACACCACGUCCAUGGAGACGCAGCCUCCAGCUACAUAGUGAUGGGGCAGAGAGAGGCUCUUCUCAGUUCCCACCAUCGCUCCAAAGGCCGGCGGAUUCUGCGGCGGUCAUCCAGCCGAGAAUCUGAAGCGGAACGCAGACUGCUGAGUAAGAGGGCCUCCCUGCCCAUGGCUUCCCAUGAGCGCCUGGCCCCACAUAGAAAAGAAGAAGACGACGAAGACGAUGAAGAAUAUGCCAUCAUGUCGCAGAAUACUAACAGAGAACAAGGUGGUUUACACCAUGGCUCAGGAAACCUAGCUGGUAGAGGAGGGCAGCUUGAUGCUGGAAGGGGGGGUGGGAAAAGGGCAGGAAAAAGCAGGAGCGGGCCAGACACAGGACCAGUCGAUAGCGGAUACAUGUCAAUGUUGCCUGGAGUGACAUCUCCUCCUGUGUCGCUCUCCCUCUCAAUAGGUGUGUCUGAUGCCAGUGCCAAACCCGGGGCAGAUGACGAGUAUAUGGCCAUGACCCCCAACAGUAGCGUGUCUCCGCCUCGGCACAUCCACCAGCCCAGCUCAGAGGGCUACAUGGUCAUGUCUCCUAACAGCAGCAGCUCCACAGACCUAUACAGACUGGGGAUGUGGGAUUGUCGAGCCAGCAUUGAGAGCCGAAAUGUCGGUGACUACAUGAAUGUCUCUCCUUUGAGCAGCCGCUCCGCCUGCAGCACACCACCCUCCCACCCGGAGCAGCACCAGCUACAGCCAAAAAUGCUCAAUUCUUACUUUUCCUUGCCCCGAGCUUACCAGCAUGCUCUUUAUACUCGCUUUGAGGACGACUUAAGCACAGCAGAAGGAAAACAAGACGUCAGUGGACAUGAAAACACUGGAGUAGGCGGUGGGGCGGGGUACAGCAAGAAAAACAAAACUUCAGUGGGUUCUGCGGGGGGCUGCCAGCUCUCCAUGUCGUCCUCGUCUUUCUCAUCCAGCUCCGCCAGCAGCGAAAGCCUUGAAGACAGGUCAAUAUCUGCAGGGCGGGGGUUAAGUCUGAUAAGAGCCGGAGCAGAAUACAAGAGUGCGGGGACAUCAACAAAAGAAGGUCGUCACCACCAAAAACGAGGAUCAAGUAGUAAGAGCCCGAAGCAACAAAGGAGGGGGCGUCCCCUUAGUGUUUCCUUGGACAUCACGAAAGCAAACACCCUUCCCAGGGUCAAGGAGAAUCUACCACCAUCAACGUCUCAGGCCGUUGGUGAGUAUGUCAGCAUCGUCUUCAAGGAAGACAAUAAAUCCGAUGCAGGACGCUGUGCAGUGUCUCAGCACGGAGAUCCUGUUAUCCAUGCAACUCUGCGGCCCGUGAAUAAGCCACUGUUCUGCCACACUAACCUUCCCCGCAGCUUCUCCGCCCCAAUAUCCACCUCUCCCGAAUACGUCAGCAUGGAUCUGAGGAAAUCCUCAUUGCCCCAAACUUGUAUUAGGUCCACAUUCAGCCCCCUACAGGGCAGCCCAUCUACUGCCGCCCCCCAGGCUAGGCACGAACACAGCACGCCGUCUCCUCUAGCAGGAAAAGCCAGUGCCGGGUUCAGAACAAAAAUGAAGGCGGCAGCGAUGCCAACAGAUGUUCCAUUAGCACCCGCCAUCCUCCCAAAUCCGUCCUUAAAGAUGGAACCAGAGACUAGUUUGGGCUUUUCCCCCGUCAAGUCUUUCCAGUCUCCUGACCGGAGUAGCAGACUGGUCCGAGAUGACCCGCAAGGACACUCGAGCCACCCCUCUGACACAUUCAACUCGCCCCCCUCUAUACGCCAUCACCCGCCCUCCUCUACCUCCCUCUUCCCGGAGGGCAGUCAGCCAGCUGGUCAUCGGCAAGGUUUGGACUGCUCCCUGUGGGAGAACGGGCAGUCUGCAACACCCCCGCCACAAGCCUCCACCUCAUCCGCGGAACAAGGCCUUAACUAUAUUGACCUUGACUUGGUCAUGAAGGAGAGCCCUCAAGCCGGAGUGGAGUGCUCCUCUCCAGUCUACAAUAUGGGAGGAGGUGCCAUGGGUAGCAGUGCUGGCUCUGGCCUUAACACUUAUGCCAGCAUUGAUUUCUAUAAGUCAGAGGAACUAAGAGCAAACCAGAACAACAGAAAGGAUGGUCAAGACUGUUGAUCUCCGUCUCGGUCCGGAUGGCGACGGCGCGGUCAGAGCGCCACGCUCCGCCCGCGAGGAGAUGACUCGUCUGUUGCCACAACACAACCGCUCACUGGAAGUCUCAUCCUCCGGUCCCGUCUGCUGUUUUCUGUCAACCAAAUGUCUGCCAAACAAACAAUAAAUGUACACACAACACCACGUCCAGACGGGGAAUAAGGAAAGGAAAGUCGCCGGUUGUAUUUUCAGUCAUUUUUGGCGUGACUCGAUCAAUAGGCCGCUCUUUUAUUUAUUUUUUUUUCUUUAUUCUAAGAAUUUCCUUCAAACGGAAGCAGAAUUGCUUAAAAGAAAGAAGUAACUUUCCUCAGAAAGCAGGCAGGUUGAGUUUCUAAUAUAACCUGUCACUGUAAACCUACAUAUCUCUUUUUUCACUGUUUUUGUGCUACUUUAAGACUUGCAUCAAAUUGAAUUCGUAUCACGUAUAUUUUUGGUCACAACAAUAUUUUCAACACCUGAGGCGUCAAACACAAAAUCUUUAACAUACUGUAACUCUUCUAGCUUUAACAUCUCCUUCAGAAUCUACUAGAAUUACGUUGAUCGUGUUAACAAUUAAAAAAUUACAGUAAAUCAAAUCACUUUAGCUCCAGUCUUAAAAAAGAAAAACACAGAAAUAUAAAACAAAAGUAUUUUUUAAGGUUUAUAAUUAUUGUGUAGCACAAAACCAUUGAAAAAAUGCUUUACUUGACAACGUUUUUUGUAUUAAGUUGUACAUUACUAUGGUAAAUAUUAUAGCAAUGCAAAUAGACUGACAGAAACCUAUACAUGCUGUAGUUCUUUUUGCAUAAACUACCACAUUUUUAAUAUAAAGUGACACAUUACAAUGGUAUAUAAAAUACACAGUAUACUGAUUAAUGCUAUAUAGGCUAGAAAACUAUAUACUCUUUUAUAAAGUGCCUCCUUUUUGAUUGUAGCUGUUUUUACACAGGUGAUCUGAACAUGGGUUGUAGAAACGGGGAAUUUUUUUUUAUUUUUUUGGUCCAAAUUUUAAGUUUGUGCAAAUGUUGCUGCCACUAAUUAGAUUGCCUUACUGUGUUUAACGAGAAACAACUUUUUGUUUUUUUUUUGUAAAUUGUUUUGCAGUGCCUAACCCUUCAGCCACAGUAAGCACACGAUCCGAUUGGCUUCUUUUUUUAAAAAAUAUAUGUUUAACUUUCCCUUUUGGGAGGUGCGUCCAUGUUUUUCUGAUCCAGUUUUUUUUUUUUUUUGUUGUAGCUCAGACAAAAAAAAAAUCUUGUAAAUUGGGACUCAACAUUGUGUGGAUUUUAAUUGUAAAUCAAUUUUUUGAGGUUUUAACUUACACAGUUUCUACACUGGGAGCAAAUUUCCUGUAUAUAGUCAGCAUUUGUUUUGGAUUUCCGGACACCUUAAACCCCCAAAGCAUCCCCACGAGGAGAGCUGUAAAGCAUUAUCUAUCACUCUGAUGAUCGAGUUGUGGACGGCGGUCAUCAGAGCCUGUGAAUACGAAGACUUCUCCACAAUCAUUGGGACACUGGGUGUGUGUGAACAGGGUAUAAACGGAGAGGGUUUUCUUGACGUCAGUAGCUUUUUCCCACAUUUAGCGUAAUCCUCGUCACCAGCUAUAAUACAAAAAAACAUUUCAAUCAGCUUUUUACUUCCUGUUCACCUGACAGGAAGUGAGUCCUUCUCCUGAAUCUUCACCCUGCAGCUUCUGAAUCUAAAGUUUUUGUCAUUAAAUCACAUCUCCUAAAAUCUUUUAUCCUUUAUAAUCUGAUCUGAAUCUCUGGUAAUUGGGGAUUAGCGUGAUUUUCUGACUGUACCUCAUAAUCUCACAUCCGAGCAGACGCAACAGUUGGCCUUACUGUAAAGCCCCCCCCCUCCAGCAUACAGAAGAGGGGGGCACAUUUGGGCACUCUGGUGAUAGAAGCCUCUAAGUGUGGAAAAAGCUACAGUCAGGAGAUUGGUUAGACCUGCAUUGAAAAGAGCAUCCUAAUUAUUUUAAAGCUGAUACUUUGAUAAUGUUGUAAAAAGACUGAAGAGAAAUUAUAGGUAUGUGAAGUUCUACUGUGUAUAGAGGAGUUUUCUUCAGGGGAGGGCUGGGCUUGGGGAUCCUUCUGUUCCUGGCAAAAUUAUUUUAAAACAGAAUAUUGAUGAUUCUUGUCUGUGAUGUAGACAACGUCAACUUUUUUUUUUCUUUUGAUAAAAAGAAAAAGUGAUAUAAAAGAUGAAAGAAAGCUUUGUCUUCUGCUUGCUGUGUUUAAAGUUUCACGUCGGAGGUGGGUCUAGACUGCUGCACUGUAAGCCACCGCGGGCGGGUCAGAGUUUUAAAGGAUAAACCCGUCGACAAAGGACACGUUUAUUUAAUCCCCGUUUAAACAGAUGGUAUUUUUGUAGAAGUUAAGGUCACGGCUCAGUCUGAAAAAAUUGUAUCUCGAUGAAAAAUGAGCAGUCUUUUGAUGUGAGCAGAGAAAACCUCAGUACAUCUGAGAAACGCAUUUAUAUGUGAAGGUAAAAACCUGACAGAUUGCUGGUGCUAAUCAAUUAUUUACUACGUAGAGAUGAAAACUCCUAAGAGAGAAGGAGCAGGAACCCAAACCUAAAAAACAAAAAGUGAUAUUUGUUAGCACUUGCUCCAAUUAAUGUCAAGACUUCAUUUAUAUAAAAGCCUAAUCGAUUGAUUAAACUUUUGCCAUCACAACUUUACAGUGCAAAAUUAAAAAAAAAAAAAAAA